AUGGAAAACCAGAGAAUAAUAAUUAGAAGAGUUCCAAGGCCAACUGUUCCACCAAUCCAAGAAACAGUGCAAAUAGCCACAAACCCACGUGUAACAUACAUAUUGGAAUACGAAAGUCUUCAGAAAGUUUGUCAAAGUAAAUACUAUUCAGAUGGCGAUGUUUCAAAUUUCUUUAUUACUGGAAUAAUUAAACAAGCUGGUGGUAGUAACGAAGAUUGUACCAGUCAAAAUAUUUUUGAAAGGUUAACGAAAUGGGUAAGUAAUAAGAAAAGUAACACAAGAACAAAAGUAGCUGACAGUUUAGCCAUUUAUUCAAAAGGUGAAAAAAACCACAAUCUUAAAGUUUAUAUUUCCGAUAACCAAGUAUUUUUUGGUAAUGAAAUUGUGUUUUUCCCCUGCUUUACUUUCUCUGAAAAAUUCCGAACCGACACUAUGCACAAAGUUGUAAAGGGUCGAAAACUCUUAUUUUUUUUGAGUUUUGCGAAAUUUUUAAGAAAAUAA